UGACGUUAGUUGCCGGUAAAAUAGCUGUGAACAUGUCACAUCACCUAAACUGUGACCGAUAUGAGAAACAGCCAUCGUCUGACUGCGAGUAUGAGGCGGAUGGCUUGGAGUCAUUAAUUCAUUCAUCUUCCAUAAGAAUUGAAUAUUAUAGGUCAUUUGAGUAUUAUGUGAAGUGGAAAUUACCUAUGUAUCCAAAAAGCUCCUCCAGACUACCAAAGGCUUCCAAGAAGAGACCCCAGAGAAGUCCCAGUCCAAAUGAAGAAGUUAUCAAGCGCAAGUUGAGGGGUAAGAGACAGAAGGCAGGACUGAGGGAGACUGAAGCAGAUGACAACUUAGUCAAUACAGAUGAGAAGAAGGACCAGGACAUCAUCGACAUCAUCAACAGCACGCGUGAUGCAAGGCGUGCCGCAGAGGAGGCUGAAGUUAAGUUUGUAGAGGUGACCGAUGAAGGAGUCGACGACUCGGAUGAAGACUGUGGCUCUGUUACCAGCAGCAUAGCGUCUGGUCCCUCCGUCCUACAUAACAGUGUCUCUCCCAAGAAACUGAGGCCUUCACAGGGCUUGUGCUCAGCCUGUAAGACUCUCUUCCAGAAGGCAAAAAAGAUGAAGGCGCCAAUUAAAAAUAAACUCUUAGACAAUGAUCCCAAGUCCCUUACAUGUGACCAGUGGGUCCUGAUCAAGAGCUGGAGACAGAGGAGGCUGCCUAAUGCAAGAGGGAAGCUUUUGAUCCAUGUACAACUGGUUAAGAAAAGACUUGAGGUCAAGAAUGGUGCAAAGCAAUCUGCGCAGUGUGUGGGAGAAUCAUCAAAAUGCUCCAGGCCGCACACUUUCCUUCAGAGGAACCUUAGACGACAUGCCAGAGUGCCAGUAAUAAAAGAGAGGAAGAAGAACAGGAGGAAGAGGACAAGAGAUGGUUCUCAGGGUCGUCGCGUCGCUAAGCAGCAGCGUCUCGGCAGCAACAAUCACGGCCAUCACAUCAGUGUUAGCCAGACCUGCUGCCACAGUGGAGCUCCUGGAUUUGAGGGUCGUAGGGAUCAAGAAGUCAACGAUCAAGCAGACACAAAUCUGACUCUUGAGUUGGAUCCCUCCAUGGUCUCCAUGGAAACCACCAAGCCAAGGGAGGUCCCACCUGAGCAGAAAGCACCACAGAAGACAGGUGGAUUCAAAGACUUGCUUGCCCAGUUGCGUGGCAACAGCAGCAUGAUCGUCAGAGAAACACGUUAGCAAGAUAACUCCGACUUUUUUUUAAGCUACUUACAUUAUUUAGUAAAGUAUUUAAGCUCUGAUGUAGCGUUUAUUAGAGAUGUUUUUUGUUUAGCUGUCUAUAAUUCUGUUCUGAAUAGUAGUCUGUAAGUACUGCUUACCUGGAGGCAUAUACAUGAGUUUAUUGGCAAAGCGCUGCUGCAGUUCCACGUACUUGCAUGUUAUUUAUUUUUACCUGUUAUCUGUUUUUACCGUAUCACUGGAUAGACAGAUAGAUAGACAUUUCCAUCAGAAGUAGAUUCACAUUGGACAUGCUAAUGCAAUUCGGGGUUCGAUUGUUGGGUGGCUUCACAUUAGAAAAGUGACAAAAUUCAGUAUACCAUGUUUUUGUAGUUCUUUUUUUGUGUGCUGUUGUCCCACAAUGCAGUUUGAUUUUCGACAGUGUACGGUUGCAUAAUUUCCUCUUAGUACACAUUAGUAUGGAAUAUCGAUUUUUUUAAAAAUGUAUUUAUUUUAUAAUAACUGCAAAAUCUAUAAAGAUCAUACUGUAUAUAUUUAGUAAGUACUAUGAAUUAGGGACAAAGUGUUUCCCUGCUCUUUCUGUAUGAAUG